AUGCCUGAAAGUCAGAAUAUCAAUUUAAUGGAAAUAUCACCUACGAUAUUUAAAAGCCCUCUGUUUACCCAGAGUAAUACUUUAAAAAAAUAUACUAAUGAUCCCAAAUUAUUUUCGGAUAAACCAUCUAACAAAAAAGCAAAGCAGAUAAAAAAAGAAUUGCUUAUACUAAAGAAACUUAUAGAAGAAUUAUCUACCGAACCUAGUACUCUGCAAGUUCUUGUAACUAAAAAAGAAAAUGCAAAUAAUUUUGUUGAUUUGUACAAUAAUAUAAUCUAUGCAGAAACUGAAAAUGAAAUUAUAAAUCGGGAAGUUAUAACUAGCUAUUAUCUUUUCGAUAAAGCACUUGAGGAUAAGUAUGACCAUUAUAAAAAAAAUAAACCUAAACGUACAGCUCAGGCAUUAGUUAAUAAAGAAGUUAGAUCGCAACUUCCAAACUCGAAAGAAAAAAGAAAGGGCACAAAAAAUUUAUAA